UCUGCAGCACAGCGACUUCUGGAUGUAGCCAGGGUGGCUUUCCCCUGCUGGGAUGAAGGACUUGGGCUGAAACAAGGCACUGGCUUCCUCGAUGUAUGAACACCACGCAAGUCCCAGGACCCCACUCCACCCCUGGGAUACUAAGGACACUUCAGCACAGAAACCCUGUAUUACCCUCCACUGAGAGCUAGGCCGGAGGCAGAUGCUGAAUACACAAAGGGCACAAAGAUUCCUUCUGGCCUCACCCUUGAUUCUGUCACCAGUGCUAGGCGCCUGAUCCUGAACAUCCAUGACGAUGGAGGAGCUCCCUAAAGUCCUAGAAGUCGAUGAGAAGUCCCCAGAAUCCAAAGACCUGCUGCCCAGCCAGACUGCCAGCUCCCUCUGCAUCAGCUCCAGAAGUGAGUCCGUCUGGACCACCACCCCCAGAAGCAACUGGGAGAUCUAUCGCAAGCCCAUCGUCAUCAUGUCUGUGGGCACUGCCAUCCUGCUCUUUGGUGUGGUCAUUACCUGCUUGGCCUAUCUCCUACAAAUGAGUAAAAAGACCAUUGAUGCCCUCAAAAUGACAGGGCCUGCUUUUCUGUCCUUGGGAUUGAUGACCCUGGUGUGUGGGCUGGUGUGGGUGCCCAUCAUCAAAAAGAAGCACAAGCAGAGGCAAAAGUCGAAUUUCUUUCAAAGCCUCAAGUUCUUCCUCCUGAAUCGCUGAUAGCAGCUUGGCCAGAAGAAGGAGACAUGAUGACCAAUAUCCGACAUCCCCACCUUCCCCGUGUGGUGCCAGAAAACCAAGUGCAGGCAAACUCUCAUCUUACCCCGUGCAACCUGGGAAUGUUGCUGACUGAAUCUUGCAGUUUCUGUUCCACUGAGGAGUCCCUUAGAUCCUCUUGUUGCUCUCAUCCUGUGCUCCUGUGUCUAGUCAUCACUCAUGGAACUCUCAGCCUAGUGCAGUGCAUGCUGCGAAACUCCUCCAGAGUGAACAAUGCUCCAAGAACCUCAUGUUUAUACAUCUGGGUGUCUGAAAUGAGUUCCACAUUUACAUCCUUCUGAAACCAAAACUGACCAAUAGAGGUUCUUUACAGAGGAGAAGGAAGGCUGUGCUCUGAUCCCAAUGGGUUGGACAACCCUAGCCCCCGUAGCCAGUGAGAUAUUGGCUUACAUUUCAAGACACCAGAGAAUCACAAGUAUCAAAAUUUACAAGUAUCAAACAUUCCAAAAACUGAACAAUGAAGAGAGGUUGGGAGAGCACUCUCCAAUGUGGCACAUCUCCCUGGACAUGGCCUUGGGAGUCUGGUGGCUAAAGAAGCUUCAUUUCAGAGUCUGUGUUACUCACAGCAUAGGCAAUGGGGUAGGCUAGGGGUGGGGUAUCAUGCUUUCCCUUUGACCUGCAAACCUCCUCUUCACUGGCUGCUUUUUCCUUGGCAAUUAGAGAAGCAUAAAUGCAUGUUGUCUUAACUUCCUCCUUCCGUCUCCCCUCUACCACUACCCCUGUAUCUAGAACAGCAAGCUGGAAAGCUGCAAAGGGAUUCUGUGUGAGUAUUCUCUCUUCGUUUCCAUCAACGCCCAAACUUAAAAGGUCAAACCCUACAUUCUGUGGUUUAUAAGUUUCCAAUGAACGGAUUCAUUUUUAAAAUUCCAACCUCUGUUAUCCCUGCCCUUGCCCACCAAACCAACAAAUCUGAGGAAGGGCCCUGCUCUUGGCUGGGUCCUGGGGGAAGAGCAGGCCAGACACAGUCCCUUUUCUCAUGGCAACUGGAAAAUCCUGGGCUGAGUUAUUGUGGGGGUUGUGGGAACACAGAUGUCCAACUCAAACUUGAAAGGGAUGGAGAGUUUCUGGGCAGCUGUGUCAUCCAAACUGAGUACAAAAGGAAAGGUAAGAGUUAGCAAAGAGGGGAAAGGGAAUAUACCAGAAACAGCAGGAACAGCCUUGCAUACACAGAAGCUCAGGGGAAAGAGAGGACAUGAUAAAAUUAGGAAUUGUCGUGACCUCUUCCCUGAACUCCAAGAUGUUCUAUUUCAUCCCCUCUUGCCCUGCUUCACACCAGUGGCUCUACGUGCCUCAUGCAGCUUUUCCUGGGGCACUCUGUGGCUUUCCAUGGAGGCUGAGGUGGGGACUCCUAAAGGUCCACCAAGUAGAAUAUCCAUGAGGUCAGUGCUCCCAAAACUUCCCCUAACAACCAAAAGUGUGUUAUGUGAGAGAGAUUCCUGGGAGAGAGAUUCCUGCCUUUGACUUCUCAGCCUUUCCAGGCCUCCCCCCUCACCCUGGCAACCUCUCUCCAACAGGCCUCCAGGAACCUCCAUCCCUCAGAACAGUUCCAUAUGCAGAGUCAGAAUCCACCCUUGUUUGCUGCAUUGUGAGAAGUUACUUAGAGAUAAUACCUGUUUCCUGGAGAUACCCCUUGCCUCCCUACCUAAGAAACCAGGGCCUAGAGUACCCAUGGCCUCUCAGGCCCACCUAAGAUGACCGUGUCCAUCCUUGAGAGUCAUGUCAGUGUAGCAGGUACUCCCCAGCCUCCCAGUCCCCUACACAUGGGCACAUCAGGAUCAGUCUUAGGGUUGCUGCAAGUGCUGCAUCACCAAUCAAGCUCUGGUGACUCAAGCAGCAGGGCUUGCGGAUCAUUUCCCUUUCUUCUGAGGUGAGUACAGACUGAAGAUCAGCCCUUUAAUACUAUGCUCACAACUCCUUAAGUGGGAGCACACACCAUAGGCUCCCAGCUAGCAUACCGGAACUCACACCCCCUACUCUUCUUCUCAUCCAUCUGAAAGCUGUAGUCUGGGCACAGGUGUGGAUGGAGGACCUUGGCGGAUGUUGCUAUCAGGUGUGUCUUAAUAGGAGAAAAUUUGGAGACACCCACAACUCUAGAAGAUGUCCAAGUUUUGGAAUCCUGUUGCAGUCUCCAAAAGUACCUGCCCCUAUUCCCUUUUCCUCAAGUUAGGUUCUAAGCAGAGAAAAAGGAGGAAAAGCUUACAAGGAAAGAUCCCCAAGCAUCAUUCCCACAGGAUCCCUCACAGGAGUGUGGGCCCUGGAACAUGACAGGAUCACCCCGAGACAAGACACAGCAGAGACUUUUGCCAACGCCGAUUGCCCCAUAAAAGCCUAAGAACUGGCCUAAUCCCUAAGUGCAGGAAGAUUGGCUGCCGCAGUUCUGCAGCAAAGUGGCCCCUGCAAUGACCCCAACAGUCCCCAUGGAUCAGAGGACAGGACCAGAAUCUCCAUCUUCAGCUCCCUGGGUUGUAGUGCCUGUCCCACUCCCCACAGGUACUGUUUUGGAAAAUUUAAACCCAUCUGAACCUUAAAGGAAUCUAUGUCAUAUGGAGUUGUGUUCUAUUUAACAAUGUCCGCUCUGUUUUCAUUCUGUUCCAAACUAUCAACUAGUUCUCCUCUCCUCUAAUGUGCCCCACCAUGUUGCUAUAUUCCUUUCUCCCAGAAUGCUGCCUGCAUGUUUUCUGGAGACCAGCCUCUGACUCUUUGACAAGCCCAAUUUUGCAACCAAACAAGGGACACAGAAAAAAAAAACUUCCAAAAAUGAAUCACUGGUGUAGGCAAGGCAGGCAGCUGCUCCAGAUUCAGCUUACUGAUGUCUCAGAUCCCGGAGAGAAGCUCCCAGUGCAAAUCUAAGUAAAGAAUUCUCCAUCAGGGCCUUACCUUUGUCCCUCAGCCCAGAGCCUAGCGCUUGUGCUCUGAGCACCUGCAGGGUUACCCGGCUCCUGUUGGAAGUCUUCUCCUGUGCAGACUCACACACAGCCUCUAUCCAUCAGCCAGCCAGAACCUGCACAAGGCUCCCCAAGUCCCAGAAGACUUUCUGUGUGUGCAGGACUGUGCUUGCUUCCCCCAUGGCCUGCAGGUGCUGAUAGAGGGACCCAGGCCACCUCCCAGUACAGGUCUCCUGCUGCAAGGAGAAGGAAGUUUCACCAAAGGUCACACCUCCUUCUGCUCUGCAAGGUCUUCUGGCAAAACCACUGAAACAGUUGCAAAGAGGGAGAGAGAGGCACUUGCCAGUGGCCCCUCAGGUAAUCACAUAAACUAAGUUGGGCUCAUCUUCAAUAAA